AAUGCUUAUCAAUUGCAUCAGAGUUGCGUUGAAACCAGCUUUGUUCGCGAUUGUAUUUCUAUCCAUAGUUCCAGGAUAAUUCACUGUAUCGAAUCGGACCAGUGUCUGCUCUGACCACAAUACAGCACAGUACAAAACAGCGGCCGUCAAAAUGAUGCGUUUGGUAGCGUCCUCGGUUGCUGCGCAUAGCGGUUUGGUAAAACACAUCACCAAAACAACAUCGUUAUCCUGUAAUCCCUCGUUCUUGGUAGGUAUACCGGCACGUUCGUUGUGCAGCACCGUUCCGAUGGUAAAGGAACGUCAAUUGCAAAUCGGACCGAAUUCCGUACAUUUUGUCGAAGCCGGCCACGGAAACAGGGGCAUCAUUUUAUUACCCGGUGCGCUCGGUACCGCUUGGACGGACUUCAAACCACAAAUUGAAGGUUUACCAGCGUUGCUUCCACAUCAUCGCGUGAUUGCCUGGGAUCCACCCGGGUACGGUAAAUCUCGCCCACCGGAGAAGGAAUUUACGACCGACUUUUUCGAGCGCGAUGCGGCAGCUGCCGGUGAAUUGAUGCAGAAACUCGGCUUCCAGCGGUACAGCAUCGUGGGUUGGAGUGAUGGUGGUAUUACCGGACUGGUGCUAGCUGCCAAUCAACCGGAACGGGUAGAAAAGCUGAUUGUUUGGGGAUCGAACUCCUACAUAUCGGACACAGAAGUCAAAAUUUACGAAGAUAUACGAGAUGUUCGGAAGUGGUCAGCAAGAAUGCGGGAACCGAUGGAGCAAGUGUACGGUGUAGAUUAUUUCCCGAAGCUAUGGUCGUCCUGGGUGGAUGGAUUGGUGCGUAUUUACCACGAGCGCAAAGGUGACAUUUGCUCCGGAAAGCUGAAACACAUCAAAGCUCCAACACUGGUCAUACACGGUGCGAAGGAUCCGAUGAUCAUUCCCGAUCAUGUGCCUUAUCUGCUAAAUAACAUCAGUAAUACUGACCUGCAUGUGUUCCCCGAUGGCAAGCACAACAUUCAUCUGCGCUAUGCAAACGAAUUUAAUACCAUUGUAGCCAAGUUUCUUCAGGGUUAGCGUAGUCAGGUUGAUCUUAUGUUUCCUAUUGUUACGGUCUCGAAGGUUCUGUUUUAGCAAUUGUUUGUUAUGUUAUUCUAGUGUCUAUAUAAAAAUGUUUCUUUUCUUUUACAUUUUUGUUAAGCUUUGUCACAGGUCGCUGGCGUUACUACAUUGGUGAUAUAAAGAAAAAAAAAUCAUCACUGA